CCGAACUUGAGCAGAUAUCGUUUUCCGGAUCGGUGUGCGCGUUUAUUUUCAUUUUUUGCUUUAUUUUCUUUUAAAUUAGUGCUGUGAGUAUGACUAUCAAUCGGUGUUGAAAUAACGAACAAAAUUUUCCUGAGACUGUAAGAAAGUGCCGUGCAACGGUGAAGAAAAAUAUCUGCGGAACAGGGCUAGCCGCUAGCGCUACAGCAAGAACUUUUCGUGUUCGCCUUGCUGCCGUCUGUCAUCGUGCGUUGCUCUUUGCCACAAACUUCGCGGGAGUAUUUUAUUUUUCCUGUGCUCGACUGUUUCACUCUUCGUUGCGAGUGUGUGCGUGUGUUUCGGAUUGAUUAAAGCUGGUUGAAGAUACGCGCGAAAGAAAACGUAAACAAAAACACACCAGCGUAAUUUUCACCCCGAGUUGUAUUGGUGUUUCGUUUUGUGGUGCAGUUUCGAUUUUUUUUCUUUUCGAUCAAUGAAAAAUCCAAAACAAGAAUAGUUUAUAUUAAAAUUGAAGUACAUAAUCGUGUGUGAAAAUUUUUACUAUAUUACCUGAAAAUAAUGGAUACAAAAGCUUAAUUGCAUCGUGUCAGCUGAAGAAAUUAUACAACCCCUUCAAGAAGUAAAAAUACAUUGGAAUACAUUGAGAUAACCACAAAAUUUGCCACCAUUAUGGAUUUCAAACAGCAAAAUGGCCAGGCUCAAUAUCCACAGAACAGUACUCGACUGAAGCAGGUCAAUCCGACAGCGUCGUCUGCUGCCCCCCACAAAGUAACGCUACGAAGAAGAUGUCGCAGCGAAAGUCUUCCAAUGGCAUCGGUGAACGAAACCAAAAGUGGUAAACAGCGCCUUCAAGGUCACCACCAUCAUCUCUAUAAUCACCCCCAGCAACAUCAGCUUAAGCCAAAAGGAGACAAUCCGUCACUGCUAGUCGAAUCGUUCAGUUUGCAGACCAAUGGCGGCCGAAAGGCGCUACCAGCGAUAGGAACCAAUGAACUACUCCCCAGUAUCACAACCAACAACACGAAGGAAAACGUAAUGCACAAUGGUCACAAUCGGGUGGUCGAGAGCGCGAUAAAUGCAAAGGAUGUGUACAUGAAUAAUCUGGAUACCUAUCGGAAGGAUCGCCGGCAUGGGUAUUACAUUGCCGGCGAGCGCCAGCUUGAGUCGCGUUUCGCACGUAAUCUUGAAAGUUCGUUUAACCCACGGAACACCAUUUUCGACCGGAACAACCGAAAACUACGGGCCCGCAGCGAAUCGGAGCCGCAUGAAAUCUAUACUAGCAGCAUGUCCGGAUCAUCACCAAGUGGCAGAACGACACCCGGCUUCAGCAAUCGGGAGCAGGGGCGAGAUCUUUGCUUAAAACGUACCCGCGAUACUAUCUCACCCACUCUGGAAGGAGACGAGACACUCGAGUGCGUCGCCUCAUCGGUACCGCUGAAAGAUUCACCGCCAUCGAAAAUUUUCAACGCCGUCGACGUCAAUCGACUGGAUGAAGCCCUGAACAGCGUUGUUGCUACCCAGCAACAACGGGCAAAGGGAUCGAAAACGGCGACAGCGGGAAAUGGAGUACGCGCAACCAAAACUGUCCGCUCGCGCACAGGAGCCGCGGUUAACAAAUACAAAUCUAGCCUUAAAUCUGCACCGAGCACUGUGUCGGCUAUCGUUGCUUCAGGAGGAUUGGUAGCCGGACUGGUUGGUCGUAAAUCUGUGUCACCUCCACUGCUCAAACCGUUAGCCGGCUCCACUUCACCUACACCGUCCGGAAUAUCGACGGGUACCAGUGGGGGAGAGUCCGUGCAUACCCAGGAUCUAGACACGGAAACGAUUGGCCAUUCUGACGUAGGAGAUGACGAAGAUCUCGACGAUGAAUGUGGCGGUGAAGAUGACGAUCUGGAUGACGAAUUGGUGGACGAUGAUGAGCUAUUGAAUGGAUCAAUUACCGACUCGGAAGACAACUAUCAAACCCACCUAGCGGCGUACCAAGCGAGAACAAAAUCAAGUUCGACCUCGCCAUCGCCAUCGCUAGUCCGAGGACCGGUAACGUCGAUCGGAUGUGUGCAAGGAGGCUGUCCAGUCGAGGGACCUUUAGCUCCUAGUUUGUUUCCUCACGUUCCACCGUAUAUCACGUUCGCAACGCACGAAGAAAAAGGUCCACCCAUGCCACCGGCCAUCCACAAAGUGCUCAAAUGGAAGAUGACACUCAUAACUCCGAUUAUUGUACGAAAGGUGUUGAUUAACAGUGGCUUUCGGCUACUGAAAAAAACGAACGAUUGGGUUGGCAUCUGGGGAAAGCACAUGAAAAGUCCAUGCUUCAAAACGCUGCGCUCCUAUCAAAAGUUCAACCACCUACCCGGCAGCUUCCAGAUCGGCCGAAAGGAUCGUGUUUGGAGAAACCUACAAUCGCAAAUGAACCGGCAUGGCAAGAAAGAGUUUGGGUUCAUGCCCCGAACGUACAUUAUACCUCAAGACCUGAAAAUGCUCCGCCAACUGUGGCCCCGGUACAGUCAACGGAACUGCAAGUGGAUCAUUAAACCGCCGGCAUCGGCACGCGGAACUGGCAUAAAGGUUGUCAACCGCUGGUCGCAGAUUCCCAAACGAAAGCCGCUGAUUGUGCAGCGAUACGUCGAGCGACCGCUGCUAAUCAACGGCAGCAAAUUCGAUCUCCGUUUGUACGUUUUGGUGACGUCGAUUAAUCCACUCCGCGUGUACAUGCACACGGAUGGACUGGCACGAUUUGCCUCUGUUAAAUAUAGUGAAAAAUCGGACACUCUCAGCGAUCGUUACAUGCAUUUAACCAAUUACAGUAUUAAUAAACUGUCAAACAACUACAACGCGAACGAAGAUGCAGAUGCCUGUCAGGGUCAUAAAUGGACGAUAAAAUCGCUGUGGUCCUACUUUGCCGAGCAAGGUAUCGACACGGAUCGGCUGUGGGGGGCACUGAGAAAUCUAGUCCUUAGGACGAUACUUGCCGGCGAAGGACCUAUCCAUGCUAUGUCGAAAUUGAAUGUCGCUAGCAAAUACAACUGUUACGAACUGUUCGGUAUCGAUGUGUUGCUCGAUUCGGAACUCGUUCCCUGGUUGCUGGAGGUAAAUAUUUCUCCCUCACUGCAUUCCGCUUCGACAUUGGAUGCACAUGUCAAAGGGCCACUAGUGAAGGCACUGCUGAACACGGUUAUGUAUCAGGUUCCUCCGAGAAUAUCGCUUGCUGAACAGAAAGAGAUUCUGGCAGAGCAAGGCCUAGAAGGUCCACUGUGUUUCGACAAACGGAUAUACGUAUCAGUCCUAUCAAAAGCCGAACGCCUGAAACACAACUCGUUCAUUCAGAAAGAUACCACAAGAGAAGAGUAUAUCAACACUAUCCUGGAAGAGCUGACUCCCGACGACGUGCGCUGUUUGAUGCUCACCGAAGAUGAACUCGCCAGAAGUGCCCCACUGGAGCGAAUCCUUCCGGCGCCCAAUAGCCAUCGGUACAUUGGAUUUACCGAACAUCCACGGUAUUACAAUCGUUUGCUGGAUGCUUGGGAGCAUCGCUACUGUCACAAUCGUGCCGAGGGAAUCGCACUGCUGCGGUCUCUUUGCGAACAGAAAAUCCAUCUACAGGUACCGCCAAGCACUCUGAAAAAGGACUCCAACAAUAAGCAACCUGACAGUACAAGUAACGAAAACGGUUCUCAGGAUAGUGGCAUCCAGUCAGAUCCGGCCUGCUCCGAGCUGCAGUCGCAAGAGUCCUGCUCUACGUUUCAUUCGCAAGAAUCGAUCGAUCAUAUUCCUGAUGCGGCCGGUGCUGCCAGUGCAUCGCUUCCGAUAGCGACGGCAACAGUACAGCAACAACAACAACAACAACAGCCGCAGCAGCAGCAGCAGCAGCAAGCGGAUGGGGAGGAGAAUGACGCAGGCGAGAGCAUGAAGCUUGGUGAUAAAAUCAAGUUAAUUCUGGACGAUGCACUGCUGCUGAAGCAACAGCACUGUGGUGAUACCGAAAAUGCCAUUAUAGUACAGCAGUAAUGUGAAUAGACCUAAGAAUGGAACUAUUUCUUGUAGAAACACGACACUCGAUUGGCGGUAUAAGAUAAUUUGAAGAAAAAAAAACCAUCCUAUACUAUUUUCCGCGCCAACCAUCGUCAAUUUAUAGUUGAUGUUCUUUUUUUAAGGAAAAAAAAACUAGUGAUUAGCGGGUUUGCGUUGAAAAGACUGAAUCCAAAGUGUUCUCUGUACAAAAGCGAAAAAUUAGUCCAAUGGCAGAAUACUAGAGUACUACUAACGUGAAAAUAGUGACCAUCGUAUGCGUCAAAAGCAACAGAAGCAGCUGAAGGCAUAAUGCUGUUUCUGAAGGUGCUUUGCCAGUUAAAAGAAUGAACUUCUAAUGGAAUACUCCCCGGAUAGUUAUUAAAAACACACACAAUUUAAGCUUGUAGUUAGCUGCCACGACUACUUCUGUUAGAUUACACUCAAUAAUUCAAACAAAAACGACUUCUGUGUAGGAGUUAGCUUGUAUGAGUUUUUUUAUCGACUAAUUUAUCUAAAUCCAACCAGAGGACACUAGUGUGUAGUUUACCCGCUGCAAACAAGAAUUACAGUCGGCUCAGUGACAUGAAUAAUGCAAACAAUUGUAUAUCCGCUAAAUUGUAGGAAAAUAAAUUCUUAAUAUAAGCAUACGAAACAGAACAAGAAGAUACUAGGCAAUGUAUCGUUAGAAAUAAAA